GGUUGCUGAUUCCUAUACUUAUUAAACAACACUCCAUUUUUCCCACUAAAACCGUUCAGUCUUUCACCACCUAGCUGUUGCUAGCUGUCUCUAAUCCCCUCCCAUGUGACCCACCUCACUCUUUCUUUCUCUCUCUCUUUCUUCAUCUCCAAAACCCUUGGUGAAACAAGACCAAAAUCUAGGUAGAGGGUAGGAAGAAAAAGGAGAAAGAAAAAAACUUUAUGGCAAAUGAAUAGAAACACCAUUAUGAAGGCUUUAUUACAUGCACAAUGCCAUUGUCUCUCAUCAUCUCUUUAAUCUCUCUCCCUCUCUCUAUCUCUAUAUCUCUCUCCCACUGGUUUUAGAAACCCAAGAACAAGAUUUUGAAGUAAGAUUUUCGGUUGUUUGUGUGUUGGUUAGGUUGUUGGGAUCUCUGUUGUUUGUUUCUCUUUCUCUCUCUCUCUCUCUCUAUUUUCUCAGACACACAAUUAGAUACACAAGGCCAUUAUACGUAGUACAUAAAUUUCUCGCUAUCUCUCUAUAUUUGGGGUCACACAUACAUAGGUAAUGGCACAGUUACCUCCCAAAAUACCAACCAUACCCCAAAAUUGGCCAUCUUUUUCUCACCAAAGGGUGCCCACAAUGGCCAACUUCACCCCCACAACCUCAUCCACCACCACCACCACCGUCGCCGCCGCCGCCACCACCACUGCCCCCUCCCAACCCUCAUGGGUCGACGAAUUCCUCGACUUCUCCUCCACCCGCCGGGGGGCUCACCGGCGAUCCGCCAGCGACUCCAUUGCCUUCCUCGAAACGCCGUUUCUCGAGGAAUGUCGAGCCGGUUUCGAUCGGCUCGACGAGGACCAGCUGAUUUCCAUGUUCUCUGACGACAUUGCCGCCGCGGCACUCCCGCCGCCGCCGCUUUCGUCGGCGUCCAACCCCUCCUCGCCGUCCUCCGACCAAAAUAGCAACAACGAGGAGAAGCCCAUGGCAAUGACGUUGGACCUCAAGCCGAAGACGGAAAAGGUUGAAGAGGAGAGCUCGUGCAAGAAUGAGGCGGCGGCGCUGCAACUCUCCGCCACUACCACCUCCCCUGAAACCGUUGUCGAUCCCAAGAGGGUCAAAAGAAUUUUGGCUAAUAGGCAAUCAGCACAGAGAUCAAGGGUAAGAAAGCUACAAUACAUCUCUGAGCUUGAAAGGAGCGUAACAACAUUGCAGACGGAGGUAUCAGCAUUGUCUCCACGAGUUGCAUUUCUGGACCAUCAACGUUUGAUUCUUAAUGUCGACAAUAGUGCCUUGAAGCAACGUAUUGCUGCUUUGGCCCAAGACAAGAUUUUCAAAGACGCUCAUCAAGAGGCAUUAAAGAAGGAAAUAGAGAGAUUGAGGCAAAUCUACCAUCAACAGAACCUACAGAAGAUGAACAACAAUCUUCAAACCCCACCAACAUCACAGCCACAAGCACAUUCUCUUCAUCAGCAUCAGCAGCAGCAGAUAGCAGUGUCUCAACCAUUGGGAUGCAAGGAGAAGGAGCAGCUCCUGAGUUGAGGGGAAUGUGGAUGUAUGUAUGUAUGUAUGAUGUAGGUAUGGAUGGAUGGAUGGAUGGAUAUGUUGGAUGGUGGUAAUUAAGUAGAAGUUUUCACGUGAUGUGUUCCCCAUGAAUGUUGCUGUGGGGUUGCUGACACAGUGAUGGGGUUGGAGGGUAGGAACUUGACAAGUGGAGUGUUUGCAAUAGGGUGAAGAAUUUUAUUGGUUGGUUAUAUCUUGGGGGUUGGAUUGGGAUUUUGGGAUUUCAUUUUCUGCAUAUUACACUUUUUGGUUUUCCCUUUUUAACAGAAAAAUUAUUCUCAAUCAUUUUUUAUUUUAUUGGGUGGAAUAAGGGGACAAACCAUCGUGCUUUUGUAUUGGGAUAUGCAUGGAAGUUGUCAGAGCAUUAUUUUUCUCUUUUUUUUUUUUUUGGAGG